UCCGGCCAGGGCCUCGGCGGCCGCGGGCGGAGUCCCGACAAUUCGUCUGCAGCUGGCGGCCGCCGUUGAGCACGUGCCCUGUGCCUUGCUUUCCCAAAGCCCAGCGGUGCGACCCCUCGGAACGACCUGGCAGGGUCUCUGCAGUGUGCGCGGCUAUGGGGCAUGGAGUGCUGGACCUGCCAACACCCAGGGUACAUACGGAAGCAGUGUGGCCAGCUGGCAAGGUUAUGACAACUACAGCUACUACAACGCCCAGAAUACGAAUGUCUCUGCGGGAGCGCCUUACAGUUAUGGCCCAGCCUCAUGGGAGGCCACCAAGGCCAGUGAUGGUGGCCUGGCAGCUGGGAGCUCUGCCAUGCAUAUGGCCUCUUUUGCACCAGAGCCGUGCACUGACAAUUCUGACUCGCUCAUUGCCAAGAUCAACCAGCGUUUGGACAUGUUGUCCAAGGAAGGAGGCAGGGGUGGGACCAGCAGCGGUGGGGAGGGCAUACAGGACCGAGACAGCUCCUUCCGCUUCCAGGCGUAUGAGCCCUAUGACUCCAGGCCCUGUUUGCCUGAGCAGAAUCCCUAUCGCCCCAGCUACAGCUAUGAUUAUGAGUUUGACUUGGGGGCUGACCGCAAUGGUAGCUUUGGUGGGACAUUCAAUGACUGUCGGGACCCAACACCAGAACGGGGCUCCCUUGAUGGCUUCAUGAGGGGCCGGGGCCAGGGCCAGACCCGAUUCCAAGACCGGAGCAACUCCAGCACCUUCGUACGCAGUGAUCCCUUCAUGCCACCCUCAUCGUCCUCGGAGCCCCUGCCUGCUGCCUGGAAUGAGCUGAACUACAUGGGUGGGCGUGGUCUGGCUGGGCCCUCCACCAGCAGGCCACCUCCUUCCCUCUUCUCCCAGUCCAUGGCCCCUGACUACAGCAUGAUGGGCGUGCAGGGGGUGGGCGGUUUUGGUAGCACCAUGCCUUAUGGAUGUGGCCGGUCCCAGACGCGGAUACGGGAUUGGCCCCGAAGGAGAGGGUUUGAGCGCUUUGGACCAGACAGCAUGGGCAGGAAGCGGAAGCAGUUUCCAUUGUAUGAAGAGCCUGAUGCCAAACUGGCCCGAGCUGACAGCGAAGGAGAUUUAUCUGAAAACGAUGAUGGAGCUGGUGACCUACGGUCAGGAGAUGAAGAAUUCAGGGGGGAGGAUGAAUUCUGUGACUCCAGGAAACAAAAAGGAGAAAAGGAGGAUGAAGACGAGGAUGUGAAGAAAAGACGGGAGAAGCAAAGGAGGAGAGACAGGAUGCGGGACCGAGCAGCUGACAGGAUUCAGUUUGCCUGUUCUGUAUGCAAGUUUCGUAGCUUUGAAGAUGAAGAAAUCCAAAAGCAUCUGCAAAGCAAAUUUCAUAAAGAGACAUUGCGAUUUAUAAGUACCAAAUUGCCCGACAAGACAGUGGAGUUCCUCCAGGAGUACAUCAUAAACAGGAAUAAGAAAAUUGAGAAACGGCGCCAGGAAUUGUUGGAGAAGGAAAGCCCAAAACCCAAACCAGAUCCAUUUAAAGGGAUUGGCCAGGAGCAUUUCUUCAAGAAGAUUGAAGCCGCACACUGCAUGGCCUGUGACAUGCUGAUUCCUGCACAGCACCAGCUCCUCCAGCGGCAUCUGCACUCUGUGGACCAUAACCAUAACCGAAGGUUGGCUGCUGAGCAGUUCAAGAAAACAAGUCUCCAUGUGGCUAAGAGUGUUUUGAACAAUAAACAUAUAGUGAAGAUGCUGGAAAAAUACCUCAAGGGUGAGGAUCCUUUUGCCAAUGAAACAGUUGAUCUUGAGACAGAAGGAGAUGACAAUGUUGGAGGGAAGGAAGAGACUCCAGAGGAAGUAGCUGCAGAAGUCUUAGCAGAGGUGAUUACAGCAGCCGUGAGAGCUGUAGAGGGGGAAGGAGAGCCAGCUGUAGAGCGUAAUGAAGUUCUAGCUGAAAAGGAAGGCCCUGUGGACACAACAGAGACCAGUGGUGACCCCCACACUGAAAAGUCGCUGGGAGAGCAGACCUGUGAAACAGCGUCUGAAAAUAGGAACACCGAAGACAAAGCUAGAAGCGAGGCCACUGAGGCCAGAAAUGAAGCAUUCAUAGCUGCAACAGAGAGCACCAUACCUGUUACAGCUAUCCCAGGAAUCAUGGACGAUGAAAUGGAGCAAACUGAUGCAGACUCUAAAGAUACCCCCACGGAAUGACCUCUUUCUCUCUGUUCAAAGGGAUGUGUUUUGUUUUCUCUUUGAUUUAUAAGCAGUACUAGGGUGUGUGUUACUUGGUGGAAAGACUCAGCCAUUUCCUUCCAAUGUACCUCAAGGGCUGAUGCUGUACAGUGGAUGGCUUCCCACCUCUGUUAGAAUACAAAAAGAGGUAAACAUUUCCCAAGUGGCCUUUGGCUGUCUGCACUGCAGUUAGACUAAUAAAGUAGAUCUUCCUGAUGCUUGGUAAAUACAGCAACUGACAGAAUGUGGGGUUUGUUUUGUGGGGUUUGUCUUUUGCUUGGGAAACAGCUUGAUGAUAGGAAUAUAACUUGCUCAAGUUUUUUUUGUUUUUUUUUUUGUUUUUUUUUUUUUUUAAUUAUUUAGGGGGAUUCCCUUAUUUACCUUCAUGGUAUGUGGAACAUAAUGGUUCGAACAUCCAUGUGGGUGAGAGCUUUUCAAGACACUGUAGACCAGGCUGGAACUCAGAGAUCCACCUGUCUGCCUCCUGCGUGCUGGGAUUAAAGGUGUGCACCGCUAUUGCUUGGCGACAUUUUUUUUUUUAAUUCGAUUGGUUACUUUAACUUUGGCAUUGAGAUAGCAUAUUGCUUGGCCCACACUGACCUCAGAACUCAAUCCUCCUGUCUCAGCCCUGGAAUACUGGGACCGUGUGUAUACAGCCAUGACCAGCUGGAUUUUGGUUAUUAUAAUGUGCUGUAUUCUAUGUUCCCUCUCUGUCAUAAUCACAGCAUUGGCCUUGGCCUGUGCAUGAGGUCUGAGAAAGCCCCUGGAGCUUUCCAUAGGUUGUGCUUGCUGAUCAGUUUCAUGUUGAGCCCUUUGGGGGGGGGGGGGUCGAGACAGGGUUUCUCUGUAGCCUUAGAGCCUGUCCUGGAACUCUUGUAGACCAGGCUGGCCUUGAACUCACAGGCCACCUGUUGCCUCUGCCUCCCGAGUGCUAGGAUUAAAAGCAUGCGCCACCACUGCCUGGCUCAUGUUUUACCUCUUUGUGUUCCAUCUCACCAUUAAUGCAGGAUGUUAGUUUUGUUGUCUCUUAAUUCCAUUAUUCCCACAUACAAGUUUUUAGGAAGAAAGCAUGAAAUUAGUCCAUUGAUGGAAAACACAUAUAAAUUCCCAUAGAUGGGCUCUAUCUGUAAAAAGCUCAUACAGUUAAUGAAGAUAUUUCCCGUUCCAAGCAAUAGUUUGGUAGUUCUGAAUCUGAAAAAGGAAGUAUGUUUAAGGUAGCAUGUACCAAGUUUUUUAGGAUCAGAAUGAUUUUUUUUUCCUUUUGAAAUUACAAUGUUGUUUCCAUCCUUGGACGGUAUACAGCUCACAUCUUGGAAACAUCAGCCAGUGGUGAUUAUUAAUUAUAAAAGAGGCAAUAAAAUACUGUAGAAUUCUA